ACAUCUCAGUAUAAUCCUAAACACACACACACCCACACACACAUGCACAUACUUACCCCCUCGUUCCCUCACUCAUGCACACUCACACGCAUUCAUUCGCUCACUCCUCAGGACAGAUGGCAGAAGGAAAGCGAGCAUCUGAACCCAUCAACUUUGUGCAUCAGGAUGAAAUCUGGAAAGCACACGUUAAACUGGAGAAGGAUUCUUCUGAGGUCUGGCCCAACAAGUGGGGUUUCCUGACCUCGGUCUACCAGGAGUGCAGGAGUGAGAACACGAAGCUGAAGAAACCAGGGGCAGGAGAACUACAAGAACCCCACCCAGAAAAACAGGUUCAUACAACCCAGGCGCUCAUUGGUUGGCGCUCAGGUCAUUCACAUCUACAGCUGGAGAAGUAUGGAGCGGUGCAUCAUGGGAGGCGGAGUUUUUUGAAGGAGCUCGGCUGGCCCUUUGACUCCUGUGGCUGAGGUGUUAAACCUUUGACAACUUUUUAAACAGUGCUUAACACCUGCUGUCUUUUACACACUUCACACACUUAAUUAUUGGACAAGUAUUUAGUUGAUUCUCUCUCUCUCUCUGUAUCUAUCUGUGUGUGUGUGGUAUAGAUUUAUCUCAAUUACACUUUGUUUCUCAAGCACACGUUUUACUUGUUGUUCCUACACUGUUGUAACAUCAUAAACUGCAUUCAUAGACACCACUGGUCUAAUCAGCAGGGCUUUUCCAAUAAAAUACCUUUUCAAACACUGCCUCCGUCUGGUUGAGCUGAUAUUCUAACAGUGUUGUUUCUAAAUAUAACUUUAAUUAACUGUAUUAUUUUUUUAUUAAUUGUUAUAUUUAUUUAUUUAUUAUACGUUAUAUUUAUUUUUACUUCACUGCUUAAAGACAAUUAAUAGCACACAUGUAUUUGUUAUUCAAAAUGUAAUCGUUUGAAUUUAAAACUCAAAAUACAUUGUUUUUAGAUCUCGCGCAUCCCCUAGUGGCAAGACCACACUUUGGGAAUCCCCGGUUAAGUGAAUAUGUGUUAAGUGGAUGUGGGCGGUUAGUGAGUGGU